UCAACCGGAAGUGCUGCUAGCUAGCUCAACAUGGCAGCCGCCGUAGCCUGAUGUCUGCGUUUCAGCAGAAUAACUCUGUUUUCCAGCACUGUGAAACGCUUACAUUUGUUAAAGGGGUGUUUAAAAGGCCUUAUAUUACCGGGUUUACCCCAGGUGCUGCUAACAAUGUUGGCUACAGGAGCGGUGAGUAACUUCAUUUAUCAGCUAACGUUAGCUAGCAUUAGCUAACCUGAGAUGGACGAGGAAAGUCAGUGGUAAAUUCAGUUUGUGUACAAGCUGUAACCACAGCACUGGCACAGGUGGACAGAGAGAAGAUCUACCAGUGGAUAAAUGAGCUGUCCAGUCCAGAGACCAGGGAGAACGCCCUGCUGGAGCUCAGCAAGAAGAGGGAGUCUGUCCCUGACCUGGCCCCCAUGCUGUGGCACUCGUGUGGCACCAUAGCGGCCCUGCUGCAGGAAAUCGUCAACAUCUAUCCAUCAAUCAACCCCCCCACCCUGACAGCACACCAGUCCAACAGAGUGUGUAACGCUCUUGCACUCCUCCAGUGUGUGGCCUCCCAUCCAGAGACAAGGUCAGCUUUCCUGGCCGCGCACAUCCCACUCUUCCUUUAUCCUUUCUUACAUACAGUGAGCAAAACACGGCCGUUCGAGUACCUCCGCCUCACCAGCUUAGGAGUCAUAGGUGCUUUGGUGAAAACAGAUGAGCAGGAAGUGAUCAACUUCCUGCUGACCACAGAGAUCAUUCCCUUGUGCCUUCGCAUCAUGGAGUCCGGCAGCGAGCUCUCCAAAACGGUUGCAACCUUCAUACUACAGAAGAUUCUCCUGGACGACACCGGGCUGGCGUACAUCUGUCAAACAUACGAACGUUUCUCCCAUGUUGCUAUGAUUCUUGGUAAAAUGGUCCUCCAGCUCUCCAAGGAGCCGUCAGCCCGCCUACUGAAGCAUGUAGUUCGCUGUUACUUGCGCCUGUCCGACAACUCCAGAGCCAGAGAAGCUCUCCGUCAGUGCCUCCCCGACCAGCUCAAAGACACCACCUUCUCCCAGGUCCUGAAGGACGACACCACCACCAAGCGCUGGCUGGCCCAGCUGGUGAAGAACCUGCAGGAGGGUCAGGUCACCGACCCCCGGGGCAUCCCUCUCCCUCCACAGUGACUCUCCCUCCGCUCCUCCCUGACCCCUGACAACACCAGCGAAGAACUGCCUAACAGAUGAGCCAUGUUUUUUAUCAAAGACUUUCUAAGGAAAGGCUCGUGCCUGAUGUUUUCAGACGUGCGAGCAAACGGCAACUCUGUUCCCACAGAGCCACGGUUUCAAAGACAUUCACGUUCACUGCCUUGCCAUGUGUUUUGCAGCUGAUUUGGAGACCUGCAAUAAAUUGUUGCUCAACAAA